GAGAAUGCUGCAGCUGACAAGUUAGAUCAAGAGAAAAUGAAAGGUGGUCAUGUUGAUCCUAAUCUAGAGCAGCAACCAUCAGUCAGUAAGGGACCACUUCAACCAGUGGAUGUCACUGCACAAUCUCACACACCACAACCAACAAUCACUGGAUCACAAUCAUCCACUCCUACUACUGUCAUUGAGCUCAGUUCAAAGAGUGAAGUUGCUACCAAUAUUGGAAGUCUUCAUUCUCGCUUUGCAACUCUUGAUACUAAACUGAGAGAUGAGUUUGAGGAGCUGGUGGAAAAUGGUAAAGUGACAAUUAAAGCUGUAGCUAGGAGUGCAGCUGCUUUUUUAAACAUUCGAGUAUCCAGUUUGAAAUAUGGCAAUGUUAAUGAACUAUUUGAUUCUCUUCAGCCUCAUUAUGAUUUCUUCAGUUGUGGUGUACUUAAACACUUGACAUACACUUACCUUUCAAAUGCACUGCAAACUGAACUAACUCAAUACAUUGAUAGUCUUGAUAAAUUCUCAGAAUCAUCACAAUUGAAGUACAUACGAUCAACAAUCAAAGAGAAAUUGUCAUCAUUACCAGCAGCAGCCUCACCAACCACUAGUGAUCAAACAAAACCAGUCAUAAUUAAACUGAAUGACAGAUGGGAAGAAAUGACAAUAAGUAAACUCAAGACAGUCCUCAAGCAUUACUUUGGAGUAACAUCAGAUCUCUUCAGUCACAUUAGCUUUGAUUAUGGUUCAUUUGUUAUUACACUGUCAAUACCAACCUCACUAUCACAGUCUAUUAUUGAUGCUAUCAAUAACAAAAAAGAAUCAAUGAGUAGAUUAGGAAUAUUGGAAGUUGCUGUUGACAAGGAUACAAUUCCUAUCAGAAGAGAAGACAAUGACAAUUUUGUCACUUCACUCUAUGAAUCAGUUAAAGCUGGUGAUAGUUUUGAAGUAUCAAUGCUACUGCAGUUAGGAGCUGAUCCUAACAGUAAAGAUGAGAGAGGAAAGAGUGCAGUAGAGAUAGCUAAUGAAGGAGGACACACUCAAAUAAAAAAAAUACUAUUAACUGGUGGAGGUGCCAAACAGUUAUUAGGAGACAGAGAACUAGAGAACCAAACUUUGCAGCCAGGAAUUAUAGAAAAGUGGCUAAAAGAAGGUGUUGUUGAGCUAACUGUUACUCGUGUUAACAUGCAUGGACCUCCUGGAGCUGGUAAAACCUGUGCUCAAGAUCUUUUGUUGAAUAACCCACCUACCGCCCACAUCACUGAUAGUACACCAAUUGCUCGUCCAGCUGUCAAAGCUACAAGAGUAUCUGUCGACAAUGAAGCUAUGAAAUGGGAGAAAGUUGAAAGAGAUGGUUUACUUGAAAGACUGGCUUCUGAUUUAAAGGAAGCUGCUGCUUCUCAGCCUAUGAAAGAAAUUUCAGCUACUCAGCAUCAAGAAGGUGUCUUUGGAAAUUCUUUUCCAAUUACAACAGAUGAACAGCAAAUUUCAGAAUCACAGGAUGAAUCUACUAGUGAAGAUGAUUCUGCUACUGAAACAGAAGAAUCUAUUGAUACUUCAAAUGAAAGUUUUUUAAUUGGCAAAGGUGUGAUUCAAGAAAUUGUGGACACAAUCCAAAGCUCAGAAGGUCAAUUAUAUUUAAGUGGUCAUUGGUUGUAUAUUAUUGAUUCUGGAGGUCAGCCAGCAUACCAGGAGCUGUUGCCAUUGUUUGUUAGAACAGCUUCUCUCAAUAUCAUCACACUUGAUCUCUCCCAACCUCUUGAUAAAAAGCUUGAUUUCCAAUACAGGAUUGGAGGGGAGACAUUUUCCUGUGGUUUGAACUUAAAGUAUUCAAAUCGAGAUUUCUUUUUGUCAGCAGUUUCUUCUGGAGCCAUUUUAAAACCAAUUCAUGUCCCUUAUGUCCUUGAAACACCUUCACAUCCAAUGAAUUUUGUACUUGGCACACAUUAUGAUCUCAUAAAUGAAGACAAACUUAAGGGGAUGAAUAAAGAGUUGAUGUCUUCAUUGAAGCCUGACGUAGAGAACUAUGUUGUCCCCAAUGUACGCGGAGAGUCUAUCAUAUUUCCUGUUAAUACGCUAGUCCCUGAAGAUAAAGGAAGAAUGAAAACAGGACAGGAUUUAUGUCAAUCAAUAGCAAAUUGUGGAGGCACUUCUCUUAAAAUAAAUGUGCCAAUUCGUUGGUUUGCAUUUGAGCUUUGGCUACAAAAAGUAGCAGAAGACAAAAGCCGCAGUUUUCUCAUAAUAGAUGAAGUUAUAUCUGCUGGUAAAAGGUUUAAAAUGAAUAAGGAUGAUACUAAGGAUGCCUUACAGUAUCUCCACAAUGUCACUAUUAUCCUGUAUUAUCCUGAUAUCUUGCCACAAUUAGUUUUUGUUGAUCCUAAGCCUAUUCUUGAGGUUCUAUCACGUCUGCUAGCUCUCACUUACGUUGAAAGGAAAGCUCUUCACUUAAUUGCCAACCCUGUGCCCUCUGAAAAAUAUAUAAGCAAGCUUCAUAAUGUUGGUUUUUUUAAAGAGAAGCUUUUGAUGAAUCACUUUACUUCACUUUUCUCUCCACCUAAUUUUGAGCCAUCUCAUUUACUUAAGCUUCUUAUUCAUCUUCGUAUCAUUGCCAGUGGAGAAGAUGGAGAUUAUUUUAUUCCUUGUGCUUUGGAGUCGUACACUGAACCACCUGAACCUCAAACAGAAAUUAAGCCUCUCCUUAUUGUCUGGCUGGAUAAUGAUGGUAUCAAUACUCUUCCAGUUCCACAGGGAAUGUUUCCAUUAGUCAUUACUCACCUCCUCAGUUACAAUGAAUGCCCUGGCAAAGUAGACUUCCCUCCUUUGGAUCCAGAUCAGUACUACAGGUAUCGUGAUGCACUUUCUUUCUGGAUUUUUAUUAAAAGGAAACGUUACACACUUCACGUAAUCAACCGCUACUCAGACAUUGCAGUUUAUUUUGAUGAAUCAGUUCAGGAAGCAAAAGCAAAGUGUCCUGAUAUUUGCAAAUUAGUCAUGAAGGCUGUCAGUGACAGUGCUGAUACCAUCAAUGUUGAACACAAUCAUGUCACAGCAUUCUCUUGCCCUAAGAGAAGCACUUGUUACUGUGUUGUAGAGGAAGACCAUUCCAUCAAUUGUACACUGUGCAAGAGGUCAGCUGAUAUAGCUGGUGAUAGCUACUGGUGCUGGUUUGGUAUAGUAGACUGUGGCCCUACAAUGAUAACCUCAGUGAGUGCAUAUUCAGGACACUCACAGGCACUUGAUGUAUGUGAUUUAGAUGAUAUCCUUACAGACUUGAAGGAUGGUCAUUAUUAUAGUAGCAAUUGGAAGGAGCUAGGACUCAAACUGGGACUAUAUGAUAAUACACUGAGUACUAUAUCUGCAAGUUCCUCUGAUAUAGAAGACUGCCUUAGAAAGUGUAUAGUUAAAUGGUUGCAGAGAGCUGAUGGUGUAGAUGUUAAAGGAGGAGCAACCUGGACCACACUAGUUAAUGCUCUUGAACAAUGUGACAGCGGCAAACCAACAGCUGAUCACAUCAGACGUAAGAGAUUAAAAAGAAAUGCUAAUCAAUCCCAGACUAAUGAUGAUGAACUGUCUCUACCAACAACUAAAAAGAAUAAAUCAUCUUGAUAGAAAGAUAUGCACGCACCCUUUUUAUCAUAAUUUGAUUUCUGAUUUGUAAUAUUAAAGUUUAAUUACAUGAUUACUAUUAGAGAUAUGUCAUUAUGAUCUGUGCCAUUCACAUACAUUAAUUUUUUAUUGGUCUUGAGUAAAACUUUU